AUGGGUCUCGGAAUCCUCGAAGACCGACAUCUGGACCACGUCCCGGGCACGGCGUUGCUCGCAGACAUGAUCGAUGCGCAACAUCAUCAAUUUCACGGACGAGAUACUUCGGGUCUGAAACACGCCACGGGGCGCAACGCAGACAUCGUGCUGGUCCCCCAGCCCAGCGAGUCUCCCCGAGACCCGUUGAACUGGCCCCGAUGGAAAAAGGAUCUUCUCCUGCUCAUCAUCAGCGUCGACACGGCUGUGGUGGGCGCGUGGGGGCCCAUGAUCUCUCCCGGUUUCGCGGAAAUGGCCGAGGAGUGGCACAUGUCGUACAACACGCUGAAUGGCGGGCUGGGAUGGGCCAUCUUCGCCAUCGGCAUCUCGUGCUUCAUCACCAACGGACUGUCAGUGAAGUACGGCCGUCGACCGGUCAUUAUUCUGGGCAAUCUUCUGUUGUUCAUCUCCUCGGUCUGGGGGUACUUUGCGCACAGUUACCACAGUCUGCUUGCAAGUCGAAUUUUCGGUGCCGUGGGCAUGUCGCCCUUCGAGGUGCUCACGACAGCCAUCAUUGGCGAUAUCUACUUUGUGCAUGAACGUGGUCUGCGCCUGGCUUUCUGGGGUCUGUGCUUGAGCAUCGGAGUCGGCGGAGGCAGCUGUAUCUCCGGGUACAUUAUUCAGGAUCUCGGGUGGAACUGGACGUACGGCAUCUGCGCAUGCUUGUACGGGGUUUUCAUCAUUUUGAUUCUCCUGUUCGUGCCCGAGACCGUGUACAAGCGAGAUCCCGCGUACAACCUCGAUCUGGGGACGACGGACCACACGUUCGAGACCCUGGACGUGCACGAGGUCAAGGGCGAACACAUGGAACACCUCGAGACGACCAAAUCCGGCAGCAAGGUCCACACCGAGGUGCUGUACACGGGCGCCGACGAACCGGCCUGGACGUUCUGGGAGGAGCUGCGGCCGUGGCGCGGGGCCGAGUCGGACGAGAACCUGCUGUACAUCAUCUUGCGGCCGUUCGGCAUGCUCCUGUUCCCGCAGGUACUCUACGGCUUCAUCACGUACGGUCUGUCGACGUCGUGGUUGGUGGUCAUGAUUUCGGUGCUGGCGCAGCUCUUCACGGGACCCCCGUACAACUUCAGCGUGUCGGACGUAGGUCUCAUCAGUGUGGCGGCGUUGGUGGCCUCUUUGCUGGGCUUCGUGGCUGGGCCGCUGAAUGACUGGACGGUCAAGAAGCUGGCUCGGUGGAAUGGAGGCAUCUAUGAACCGGAAUUUCGACUCUCCCUCAACGUCCUCACCCUGGUCCUGGGUGUCGCGGGCUUCUUUGGCUUCGGGGCCACGCUGCAGAACGAAGCGCCGUGGCCUGGGCCGGUGGUUCUGUACGGGCUCAUCUACUUCUCCAUGUCGUUCCUCAACAUUGGCAUUUACGGGUAUAUCACCGAGUGCCACCGGAACAAGGCGCCGGAGGCGUUUGCAUCACUCAACCUGCGCAACAUCUACAGCUUCGGCAUGAACUAUUUCAUCAGCGACUGGAUCACCAAGCAAGGACCGCUCGAAGUCUUUUCCACCAUCGGGGGCCUCCACAUCUUCAUCUGCCUGCUCACCAUCCCCAUGUGGAUCUUUGGCAAGCGAUGCCGCAGCUUUACGGCGCGGAAUCCCAUCUUCCGCAAGAUCCAGGAGUCUUGA